UGUUCAUUUAUGGGAUGAGUAAAGUCCAUAAGAGGAGAGAACAGGGAAGUAUUUCAUGGAGGUAAUGUUUCCUUGUAUACAGAACUGCUUCGUAUUUGUUUUCUCCUGAAUUUGCUGAAAAGUCAGAGGAAUGAGCAGCCCACUUGACAGAUCAGACUCAGGAAAUGGUUUCUAUAGUGAUCAAGAGUCGCUCAGGUUACGCCGGGCUCCAUCUCGAAUGUCCAAUCAGAACUACCCUCAGUACAACUGGCGCUCAAACCCUUCAGAUGAUGAGGUGGGCAACGCUGAGUCACCCCGGGAGCUCAGGACCCUCGCCCGGCCCAUGGCACAGAAGAAAGCUUUGAGGCAGGUGCAGCAAAUGCGGAUGCCUGUUUCCACCAGUGCCAAGUCCUGGACACACAACAAGACUAAGUCUCUGCAUAAACUCAAGAGCAACUUCAGAGAGUUCCUUUACUUUUUCUCACUGUGGAGAAAAUCCUUGCAGAAGAUCGGAGGGAACUUUGGGGGUGGUGUCGAGUCCUACUUCCUGUUCCUCAGAUUCCUGGUUGUUCUCAAUUUUGUUUCCUUCUUGCUGAUAGCUGGAUUUGUCAUUGUCCCCAGCCUUGUCUUCAGAUCUGCAGGGACCAGCUUAAACAGCACAGAUGAUGGGCCAUGUAUGAAGUAUAACCCUAAUCCUCAGGGCCUUGUGGUCUUCUAUGAGUUCUUUCUUCACUUACUUUCAGGCCAGGGUUUUAUGGAGGAUUCGUUAAUGUUUUAUGGCUACUACAACAACAACACAGCGAUGGAGGAGGGGAGACUUUUCUACAACCUCCCUCUGGCCUACCUCUUCACGGCUGUCUUCUACUUUGCUUUUUGUCUCUGCUGCAUCAUCGCACACAUGGGCACUGCAGCUCGAGUUGUCGUGGCAACAGGAGGCAGCACCAUGGGCAACUACAGUUUGAUCGUGUUCACCGGAUGGGACUACGGUUGUCUGGGAGACCAGGCUACCAAACUGAAGCAGAAGAACAUCUACUACCGGCUACAGGUGGACCUGGAAGAAGAGCGCAUAAAGAAACAAGCUGCUUCUCUCACGCCAUGGAGAAGAGUAGCUUUAUACUCCCUGCGAGUUUUAAUGUUUCUUAUUUCUAUCGGGCUCAUUGUAGCAGCCUUUUAUGGCAUCUUUGUAGCCACUGAGUUCAGUCAGAAAAACAAUGAGAAGACUGGGAUUCUAGGUUUGUUUAUUGAAUAUCUGCCAUCUAUGGUCAUCACCGCUGGAAACUUCUUGGUGCCUCUACUGUGUGACCAAAUCGCCUUGAUAGAAAAAUAUUCUCCCAGCGUAACUGUGGUGGUGGCAUUAUUAAGGGCGGUGGUCCUGCGUAUGGUGAGUUUAGGUGUCCUCCUCUUCACGCUAUGGAGUCAGAUCACCUGCGAUGGGAACACAGAAGCGAUGGACUGUAAAAUGUGCCAGUACAACGUUGACAAAUACCCGUGCUGGGAAACAAGAGUGGGACAGGAGAUGUACAAACUGACGCUGUUUGACCUCCUUGUUACCAUCGCUCUACUCGUGCUGGUUGAAUUUCCACGCAGGAUGGUGGUGGACAACUGGUCCAGUAAGCUGUCUCAGCUAGUGGGCCGACAGGAGUUUGUGGUCCCUUCUAACGUGCUCGGGCUGGUUUAUGGUCAGACUGUGGUCUGGACAGGAGCUCUGUUUUGUCCUCUGUUGCCGCUCAUCAACACCGUUAAGUUCGUCUUCCUCUUCUACUGCAAAAAGAUCACGCUCUUCUAUAACUGUCGGCCAGCGCUGAAGACGUUUCGCUCCACCACCUCCACCUUCUUUUUCUUGGUGGUGCUCCUGUUUGGCUGGAUCUUGUCCUUGGUCGUCAUGAUUUAUAGUCUUGCAGUGAUUCAUCCUUCAAUGGCCUGCGGGCCUUUCCGUUUCAUUCCCACCAUGUGGCAGAUUGUUCCCAACUCUUUCUACAGCCUCUCUAAAGUCACUCAGGAGUUUCUCUUCUUCAUUGGCUCACAAGCGUUCUCCAUACCUCUUUUUGCAUUAUCAUGUGUGGUUAUGUUCUACUUCAUUGCUUUAGCCUCUAUCUAUGGCAGAAGUGUUGCAAUGCUAAAGGCACAGCUAAAAUUGAAAGGCCAUGAUAAGCAGUUUUUGGUCAAGCAGAUUGAGAAGAUGAAAAGCAGCAGCCUCUGAUAUUAACACAGGAUGCAUGAGAGCAAGAUUGAACAUUAACUACAAACAUGAUCAUUCCCUACCAAAGACAUUUGUAUUAAAUAUAUAAAAUCAGUGUCAAUAAUCCAGGCUGUCGAUAAGAAUAUAGCUCUAUAAAUUAUAUUAAUAGGUUUUUUUUUUUAUUCAGGAGCAUUUGUGUGUUGUUUAGAUGAACUUGUAUAUUUUGUUUUGGUGUUUUCCACAUGCACUUCCUGACUCAACCUUCAUUAUUUACAAGAGAUACGGUGGCUUGUGCUCCCUAGUGGCUGGAUUGAGAUGGUUUAGACGUUAGGUAUAUCGAUAGAAGGAUGAUAGAGAUGCAUCUGCCAUGAAAAAAAUGAAAGAGGAGAUUUAUGGAUGUAGUUAAAAGGACAUGGAAUCAGAUGGAGGACAGAGUGAGAUGGAGGAUGUCCCGCUGUGGUUACACUGUAAGAGAAAAAAGCAUUUUGUGGUCUAAAACAUUUUUGUAUGUGUAAAAGUGCAAAACACACACACACACACACACACACACAC